GGAGCAAAACGGGAAAACAAACGCAAACCACCACCAAGAACAAAAGCGAUCGGGGAAACUAAAGAAAACGGAGAAAAACAAAAUACAAACCGGAAUGAAAACAAAACGCUGGGAAACCCUGAAAAUGAAAGGUUGUGCCGCCGCACUGUGCCGCCGCCGCCGUGCCGCUGCCGCCGGGCCACCGCUAGUGGGCGCCACCACGCCGCCGCCGCCGCCAAGCUGCCGCCAUAGUGCCGCAGCUGUCGUGCCGCCGCCGCCGCCUGGUUGCCGCUCUCAGGUCGCCGUCGGGCCGCUGCCGCCGAGCCGUCGAGCCGCCGUGCCGCCGCCACCUAGAGACCCCAUGACUGCGCCCAGAGGAACCUGACCCCCUCCCAGCUACCGCUGGUGACAGCGUCACGUUCCGCCCUCUGGAGCGCAGGAGCAAAUGGCCACUUCCCAGCCACCCUGGCUGGUGACAGCGCCUUUGCUUUUAACUUUUGAAAUCCGCAAGUAAAUCACACCCGGUGGAUGGCAUGGCGCUGACCAGCAUUAACUGCUGGUGAGCGCCGUGCCAUUUAUCUACCGGCGGUGUUAUCCCCCCUUCUUCGGCCAACAGCGCGAGGUUUCCCACCUCGCGAACCCGGUCGCUUCGCCUCUUUAGUGCUGGGAGCGGUUUUGCUUUCAGCGUUGCUGUGGCAGCGUGCUUAAGCUCCCAGCCUGGAGGUGAGCGACCAGGGUUCGCGCCUCGCGCUUUCCCUUUUUCCCCUUUAUGUUUUUUCCCUUGUUUCUUUCAGUCUGGCGUCACCGGCUGCCUUCGGGAUUCCCCGAAGUGUUUUUUGUUACUGUUAUUCCUUUUAUUUUAUGUAUAUUAUGUUUAUGAUUUUGUAAAUAAAACCUUUUUUUAGUUAAA